AUGGCUGCCACAACAGGAACCGCAGGCAUCGACCUCGACCCCAAGUACGAUGACUUCGACUUCCCCAUCGUUGCUCCCGUCAAGGCCAACGGCCACCCUGGCCACUUGACCGACGAGCAGAAUGCCGCAGUCAAGACGCUGCGGGAGUCGCUCGAGAAGCAGGGCUACACUGAUCGCCUCGACUCCUUGACGCUGCUGCGGUUCUUGCGCGCCCGGAAGUUCGACCAAGCUGCCACUGAGAAGAUGUUCGUCGAUUCUGAGAAGUGGCGGAAAGACACCAAGCUGGACGAGCUGCUGCCCACCUGGGAGUACCCCGAGAAGGAGCAAAUAUUCCAGUACUACCCUCAGUACUACCACGGAACCGACAAUGAUGGCCGCCCAGUCUACAUCGAGCAGCUCGGCAAGGUCGACAUUGCAGCCAUGAACAAGAUCACCACCUCGGAGCGCAUGCUGACCAACCUGGCCGUCGAGUACGAGCGCGUCGCCGACCCGCGUCUGCCCGCCUGCUCCCGCAAGUCCGGCCACCUCCUCGAGACAUGCUGCACCAUCAUGGACCUCAAGGGCGUCGGCCUCGGCAAGGCCCCCUCCGUCUACGGAUACCUUAAGUCGGCCUCCAACAUGUCGCAGAACUACUACCCCGAGCGUCUCGGCAAGCUGUUCGUCAUCAACGCCCCCUGGGGCUUCUCCACCAUCUGGGGCGCCAUCAAGGGCUGGAUCGACCCCGUCACCGUGCAGAAGAUCCACAUUCUCGGCAGUGGCUACCAGAAGGAGCUGCUGCAGCACGUUUCCGCCGACAACCUGCCCAAGGCCUUUGGCGGCACAUGCGAGUGCCCCGGCGGCUGCAUGUUCAGCGAUAAGGGCCCAUGGAAGGACCCUCAGUACGCGAGACCCGCUAAGUGGGAGAAGAAGGCGGACGGUGCCGCUCCCGCUGCCACCACCACCAUUGAGACGAACCAGGACAACCCUCAGGCUCCGGUCGCUGACAGCCAGGCGCCGGCCCCUGCUGCUGCUGAGGAGGGCGCCAAGGCUGACGCACCUGCGCCCCAAGCUGCAUAG